AUGGUUUCAAGCCUGAUUGACCAAGCCCCACUGAUCCGUCCUGGAGGGCUUCCUGGAGGUGGCAUCAGCUUUGGGCGAGAGGCUGAGAUUUGCUCGUCGGUGCUCCUCUUUGGCGUUCAGACGGGCAUUCUCCCGCUCGUGGUCCCUGAGGAUGACGGCCAGGAGAAGAGAGCUCCCACUCUGUUUGCAGAGACAUUUUUCUUGGGCCGUGUGACCGUUGGCUGUGUCCUGAUUGCCAGGGCGGCCGUGUGGCCCCGGGGCCAGCAUCAGGGACAGAGCCCUGCAGCAGCCCCCACUGACGACGAAUGUCGUCUGAGAGAGUGCCCAGUGCAUUAUGAGGAGGACUUCCUGGAGGAGGUGCUCAUGCUGGUUCCAUCCCCCAUGUCAUUUUGCAGAAAUCGAGAGGCUGCGCUCUGUCUCCUGUGCCGCUGCCCGGGACUCGGGGAGACCGGCUCUGUCCCCGUGCUCACCGUGAAGACCCCGUGGCCUCUCUUCCUCCCGCGGGACGCAGAGCUCUGCUCCCCGCACGCGGUGUUCAGUCUGGGAGGAGAACGCCCGGCUCAGAACCUCCCCUCGCUGUGGGGGAGGGAGGCCGGCUCGGACCCCAAAUUUGGUGGCGUGUCACCGGAGCGCCAGCGUCGUCAGGGUCUCAUCCGUACCGCAGGUGACCUCCUGGGGCCGCUGCACAGCCCUGCUGCUCCCCAUCCUGGUGGCUUCAUUCCGUCUGUGACGGCCGUCACGGUCGCGUCUGUCGGUGGAACGGAUUCAGGAGGCACGCCCGUCGGGGCCACCAGUCUCGCAGUAAGAAAACUGUCACUCCAACAAAGGUAUGUGAAUGCAGAGUCGACCCCAGGGUGUGCACUUUUUGGCAACCGUGUUCCCUGGUCCACUAACCCAGAGAAUUCCUUCCACCCUCAGAAUGAGGAGAAGAAGCCCCAGAAGGGACGCACGCAAGCUUUGGACAUGGGACGCCAACGUUCUCGUCGGUGUCGGCAUUCGGUGCCGGACCAGGGGCCGCCGGGCUGCUCUUCGGCGGAUACCACAGUUGACCUCUUUCCGGUAUUGUGGGAGAAUGUGUGGAGGUGUCCCACCUGCAGGGAGGGGACCUAUGUCACCCCAUCCGUGGGUGGAGAGUCCGCACAUGAGGGUCCACGGGCCCUCGGGGCACCGUUCCGUCUUCAGGGGACUUCCUGGAGCUGGGCUGUUUCAGUGCCCAGCUCUGUCCCAUCUCAUGAAGGUAGUUUUGGUCUGGGGAGUACCGUGUUCCUGGCGUGUACCACGUGGUCCUUCAGCCCCCAGGAUCCCGUCCUGCCCUUGGGGCCCUCCUGGAAAAGAGGGUGGCCCUCUUCCAGGGCAAAGGCUAUCGCCAGCGGCAACAAUCCAAGGUCUAGGGAGAGCUGAUGUGGCCCUCAGCCUUCAACCCCCGUGCAGGAGGAGGUGGGGGGGGCUCCUCCUCGGCCACACCUUUGCCGUGCUGACACGGUGGGGUCAUUCUCCGGUGCUUUUUCUGUUCUAAACGCAAUGUAGCACUUUCCCUUCCUGGAUGUGAUUUCGACUUCAGGGGGGAACAGCCUCCCCCCCUACUCGAAGGAGUGGUCCAUUGUAGAGCCUGUGCCCUAAUUAGGAUUCGGCCACAUUGUUCCCCGAGCUGUAGCACUGAGAUCUCGGAUGCCCCACCUCUGGGGCUCAGUGGUUUUUGGGGUCGACCGUUGGGGCUUCAUCAUGCUUGUGGCUAAUCACGUCGGAACUGCUGUUUUUCAGGACAAACUCCCAGCUGGAAACGUGCCCCGACAGGACUCCAGCGUGAGGGCAGGGCGUUGUCCAUGAUAGGGGAAUGGAUGGUUGAUCAGAGAACAUACAUUUUAUCAAUGAUGUAUGUCAACUGAUCCACAGUCCCUACCUAUCCAGUGACUUCUCGGGACAGACUCCGGGAGUAGAGGUGGUGGUUUCCUGAUCCAUGCUAGUACCUGGCCCUUGAAAAGACCUUCUCUGUGCUGGGUUGGCUCUCUUUAUGCUGAGUUGUACAAGGGAAGGUUUGUGUUUUCAAGUAUCGAUCUUGCCUGGGAAGAGCUGUUGGUCCCAGCCCCUUCCCGGGGGACAGGAAUGCAUGGCUGGCCAGAGAGCGUGGGCUUUAAUUACAACAUGUAGCACCCAAUUCUCCUAACCCUCAGUCCCCAAUUCGUCCUUAGGAGGACUAGCUGGAGGCCGGACCGACUCUGGCGAAGAUGGGUCAGCAGCGUUAGCCUUCGGUACUUGAAGAGUGGUUAUCCCUGCUGUGUUCGCUGUAUUUAUGACGAAUCAUACAGGGACAUCCAGUUUUUCAGUAUCAAAUACUGCUUUGGAGGGCCUCCCGGUCAGCAUGCCACCUGCAGGGAGGAGGUCUUGGCUUCCAUACCCACCCAAGGUAUGUACAUGGACAGUGAAGCAUGUGGCACAUGCUUCUUUCGUCAUGCCCAUCACUUGUGGCACCCGUGACCAGAAUCUACUCUGUGCAGACAGAGGGCUGGGCUGCAGUCUUCUGGAAAGGGUGUUGGUAUCUGCACCACUGUCGUGGGAGGUUGACUAGUGAGAAUCUCACGGACGUAGAGCACCCGCUGUCUGUUCCACAAGAACCCAAUCCUCCCCAUAAGACGAAUCCCCCAGAGACCACGCCAACGUGAGGACGUGACAGUGAUAACUGGCUGACACCUAGUUGGUCAACUUCAUUGCAUUUGCUCCAGGGCAGACUCUUUUCAGAGAGUCCAAUCUUGCCCGGAAAGGCUUUCUGGAAGCAUUGUCAACUCUGGGGGAGACAUGUUGACGUCGUGUCUUUCCCGUGUACGUGGAGAGAGUCGAACAGAGGCGGCCCUGUGUUUCUGAUGGUCUUCACUGGUUUCCCUCUCCCACAAGACCCAGCCCGUUUUUAUGAUUGCUUUGGGGAGGGCUCAUCUGCUUUGGCCAUGAUGCUUUUCCAGCAGGGCGUUCUCUUUUCAUGAUCAGAUUCUCUUGUUGUUCGUGUAACCCCGUGGUCCGUGAAUUGACCAAUCGACACGGAAUGAUUCAGUCAUUGGACAAGUGAUUUUGUGCAUACUGUGUUCUAGAUGAUUCUAGAACUUUGCCAUUUCCUCUGAACUGGGAGUAGAGCAGUGCCCAAGAGAAAGUUCAUGCUCAUUACAGCCCGGUGGGAGAGAUGGACAGUAAAAUACCAACUAUGAGACGUAAACGUGUCCACCGUUGAGGUUUAUGGACCAAAAGAAAGUGGGGUCAGGUCUCAGAAGCAGAAGUGGGAUGGAUUCCUAUGUUCGCUGCGGGGGUCGCAGAAGUUCUUUCUGGAGAAGGGCAACGGGAACAAAGCGGGGGCAUGGGUCAGAUGGAGAUCUGGGAGAAGAGCACUUCAGGAGGAGGGCGUGGCAUGCGGAGAGCGCUCUGGUGUCUUUGAGGAGAAGGGGGCAGGCCAGUGGGGCUGGACGGGGGUGGGGCAGGUUCGGACGCUAUCCUGAGUGAGGUGGGGGCUGUGGGAGGGUUCUGAGCAGGGGCAGCUGCAGGAUCUAUGUUGAAAAGUGUAUCCCGAUCACGAGGAGAUGGAACCUGGUCCUCCUGGUCCAAGGUUGUUGGGGAGAAGGUGGGUGAGUGACUUCUGAUAGCCUCCUUCUUGGAUUUGCCGUCUUGGGCGACUCUUUAGGGGUGAUGGGUAGGGGAGCAGGGGGCGGGUAGAGGGUGGCUGGGAAGGGAGCGGGGGUCUCCGGGUUGGUGAAGAGCUUGGUGACCUCCUCAGAUCCCCCAAGAGGGCGCCUCGGGGCCCCGGGCUGGCCAGACUCCUCGGGAGUGCGCUGCAGCGGCCGUGGGGCCCUCUCUGGAGUUCCUCCGGUUUGGUGGACCCCACGAGUCCCCACGAGUCAUGACGGAGCUCGGCUCGUGCCUCGAUGUGCUUGAUGGAUAAUCGAGUGUGCUCUGUUGAGAAGUCCAAGGCUGAGAGCCCCGUGGGUCCAUGCACGCGUGGAGAGCCCGACCUGUGGUGACUUUGCACUCGGAAGCCCAAGCACCUGCCUCUUCUUGUUUCUAACCCCGCCCCCGAGGACUCGGGAACGCAAAUUCAACUCCGGGGAGGGGGUGCCGUGUCAGCACCCCUCCCGGGGAGGUGAGUACACGGCUCCCCAACCUCCAGCGCGUUCUCGGGACACACGUCGACCCUCUCGCUAACACUCCGUGUCCAAUGUGCCCGCAGGACGGCGGCCGGAGGCCACGCCCCUCGGAGAAGAGGAAGGGAACCUCUUGUCUGUCUUGUCUCUGCCUUUCUGUGGUACUUGAAGAGAAGUUGUUCGUGGUGGAUUCGCUUUACUUAUGACGAAUCAUUCACGGACAACACUUUUUUCAGUACCAAAUGCUCCCUCUAAGGACCUCCUGGACACAAUGGCAACAUCAGGGAAGAUGUGGCCGCCUUGUCAACCAUGUGGAGAAGACAAGAACGGAGGGUUGGCCGGGGACACCGUGCUCGACCUAGCUGUAAGUCCUCUGGCCCGCUAGCCUGAGCAUCCGGCCCGCCCGUAGGGGCCUGCCCCUGGGCCGUGCUAACUCUGGGGAAAUGGCUGUGGUUCUGUCACCAGCGUCACCUUCCGCGACUUCGAAGAGAGGCUUCCCGGGCCCGAGGCCAACUUCCAGAGGAGAUGCUGGUGUGAGCAUUGUCCAGGGUGUGUGACUGGUUGACCAGAGGGGCAAGCGCUCUGUUCACCCUGUGGGCCACCUAGUCACCGACCCUCAGCACCCACCCCGCCUGCCCGAGAAGACUCCCGGGAGGUUCUGCCAGCUCUGGGCGAAAGCGGCAAUGCACUCGCGGCGGCAGCUUCUCGGUGGACCCCGACGGCCAUGGUCGGGAGGGUGCGUUCACUUCAAACGUGGUGACCCCUCCUCGGUAGCCCCUUCGUCACUGUCGCCACACAGCCUCCCCAAAGCGCUCCUGGGACACGACGCUGCCUGCUGACGAGGGACGUGACACGCGCAGGCCGGCUCCUCUCCGGGGAGCGCCCUGUGGAGGUGAGCGGCCCCGGUACUCUGGCCAGUGCCGCUGAGGGGCCACCACGCUGAGCCGCCGUUCCCAGACGGCUGCCGAAUGGUGCCCCCGCUUCCGGGAGCGCUGGCCCCGCCUUAGGGUAAGUGCGUCUCGGGUGAGCAUGCGAUUACGGUGGUAGCAUGUCACUCGGCCCACUACCCAAUGUUGUCCCCCCCAUCUCUUACAGAGCUCGGGGGAGGCCAGCUGCCUUCGCGGGAGAGGCGGUGCAGUCCCGGGAGCUCACUUGUGGCACUUGAAGAGAGGCUGGCCGUGAUGAAUUCGAUCCAUCAAAGCGAGUCAUACACGGCUCUCCUCUCUUUUAGUGUCAAAUCCCACCUCGGAAGCCUUCCUGAGCGGGCGCCGGUUCCCAGGUAGGGGCCUGGGCGGCCGGGCGCACGGCGAGUGCUUUCUGGAGGAUGCAUGUUACUGACACUCCAACUGCAGCCCCCCGGCCACUGCCCGGGGCGCCGCCGACCUCAGCGUAGGGCAGGAAGGCUGGCCGGGUGCCCCCGCCGUUAAAAACGGUAGCAUUGAAGAUGCGCACGACUAACUCCUUUGACUGUCAAAUCCAGUGUCGGAGGGGCAUCUGGAAGCACCUUUCGUUACUCAGCUCUCGGGAUAUAGGAGAGAUAGGAAGCUGCCCACGUGACCCCUGCUUUACUAACCUGGCACAGCCACCCACCCUCUAGGGGAACACUCCCCGGGGGUGAUUCCAGGCUCAUCGAAGAGGCAGUGGCUGAUCUGUUUUCUCAAACGUGUGGUCUUUCAAGAGUCCUUUGCCUCGUUUAUAACGACUCACACGUGGCUGACCUCUCCGCAUUGUUGAGUGUUGCUUGCAUGGCCGGCCGAGCACAGGAAGUAGCAUAUUCCUGUGCAACUAAUCCCGGGUUAGUGAACCAGGGGUUGGCCCAAGUGCAUGGGUGUGACUUGGGGAUUGAGCUGUUUGGUCCCCUCAUCCUCAGUGUCCCGUCCCACCUCCCCCCCCCCCCCGCCCCCGCCAGAGGCCAUUCCCACACCGCCCAGACCGCGUGGACGCAGGGACGCUGUGAGCAGCGCCACCUCAUGGUGCUCGGAGAGAGGUUGUCCGUGGUGAGUUCGCAUUAUUUAAUGAUGCCCAAUACACGGUCGAUCUCUUUUCGGUACCACAUCUCGUCAUGGCCUCUUCUCGGAGCUGAUGCCAACCUCGGGGAAGCCACCCUCAUGUGGGUCCCAGGCCAAUGUCCUUGAGUGUGCAGUGGGCCCCGGGAACUAGUGGAUGGGUGCCCCUAGUCCUUCUCUUCACUCAGUCUGUUCACGGAGGACAAUGUUGCCAGUUUGGGGCAAGAAGCAUGUGAUCGAGGUGUAAGACCCUAAGUGACUGAGGAAGCAGAGGUGUUCAUGAUUCUCUGGGAU